UGAACACUUUAACCCUCUCCCUCUGACAGAUCCUCACUCCUAUGCUGCUGUAGGAUGUAGCUGAAACUCUGCAGAGAAACACGUUUUUUACUCUAAUGCAGGCGCGUUAAUGUAGUCCCAAACAAGAUAUUAAAAAAGCGUUUUUAUUAAAUCAACAUGCAGCCAUAAAGACACUGUUUCGCGAAGUUGGAAGUUUAUUUUAAGUGCUUCAAUUCCUAUCGAGAUGGAAAGCAACACUCCUUAGGAUACCGGACGACAUGGGCAAAUGGGAGUUGACAAUGAACCCAGUGCAGGAGUGGGGCGAGGAGUUCGAGGAUGGCGCGAUUUAUGGGAUUACUCUUCGUCGAGAACCCGUCCCUUCCUCCCCAAACCCCGGAGCGGAGGGUCCAUGUUGUGCUUUUGUUCAGUACCGAACCUGCAAGGUGCGGCGUCUGAAAGCUGCCACCCUGGACCUCCUCGUGAAUCAGAUCCUCGACACUGAGAACCAGGAGCAGGACUACAGCCGCAUCUUCCUCUCCACAUACAGGACCUUCAUCAGUACCUCAAAGCUUAUAGAGCUGCUCUUUCACAGAGACAAUGCUGCCUCAGAUCUGGACAACAGUGAAUGCUACAACAGCCCUCUCUUGGCCUUUGUCCAGACAUGGUUGGAUGAGUACAGCGAGGACUUCAGGGACUCUCCCCUUCACCCGGCACUCAGGUUGCUUUUGGAUCACCUGAGGAUCAGUUCUGCAGUUCAUCACAACAUGCGCAGACAACCUAACUUUAGCUCUUUGGCCGGGCAAACUGAGGCACUGCUCAAGACGUUUCAGAACGAAGAAGCUGAUAAAGAUGUUAGUUCUGCUGAUGAGGAGCAAGAUGAGGAGGCUUCUGGUGAUGAAGAUUCAGGAUGUGAGAACUCUCCGGAUCAAGGUGGAUUCAUGGAGUUCUCCGCGGCAGCCAUUGCAGAUCAACUCACCCGAAUGGACUCGGCUCUGUUUGUCAAAGUGGUGCCGUACCAGUGUCUGGGAUGUGUGUGGUCGCAACGAGACAAGAAGGAAAACAUGUCUCCCACCAUCCGAGCCACCAUUGUGCAGUUCAACGCCGUCACUAACCGGGUCAUCAUGUCCCUGCUCUGCCAGCCUACAGAUGCCAACUUCAGUCCAACUUCCUCCAACGGGCCUCAAACCUCACCGGGUCAAAGGGCCCGCAUCAUAGAGAAGUGGAUCAGAGUAGCACAGGAUUGUCGUCGGUUGAAGAACUUCUCCUCUCUCAAGGCCAUCCUGUCGGCCCUUCAGUCUAAUGCAGUUUACAGGCUGAGAAAGACCUGGGCUGCCGUUAACAGGGAUAGCAUGGCGACGUUUGAUAACCUCUGGGAAACCUUCCCUGAUGAGAACUGUGUUCUGACCAACAGAGAGCUCCUGCUGGAGGAUGGAGGCGCAGCGGCUGUAAAUAACAUUUCCCCAAAGAUAUCGAAGAGGUGUCCGAUCCCCAGACAGAUGAGUGCCUCCAAUGGAGUGGUUCCUUACCUGGGCACAUAUCUGACCGUCCUCACCAUGCUGGACACUGCUCUGCUAGACACUGUGGAGGGUGGGCUCAUAAACUUUGAGAAGAGGAGAAGGGAGUUUGAUGUUUUGUCUCAGAUCCGUGUGCUGCAGAUGUCCUGCUCCCAGUACAACCUGCCCCAUCACUCCAGAAUCUCUGCCUGGCUGCGGGGAAGCAAGCUGCUCACAGACCUGGAGAGCUAUGACCUGUCGAGGCAGCUGGAGCCUCCGGUGGAUCUGUGUUCUCCGACCUCCUGGAGACACCGCACGCUCACAAAGAAACUCUCCUCCCUCCUCACAGUGAGCGACGGCUCUAAAAAGGUCCCGGCCGAUCAGAUCAGCGUCUCCUCCUCCGGGUCCAGCGGCUCAGAGAUGGAGGAUCUGUCCUGCCCAAACUCCACCUGCUCCCUCGGGCUGCAGUCUUUUCACGGCUCCUGCACCAACGUGUCUGAAGCCUUCUCCCCCUGCUCCUCUUUGUCCUCCCCCUGCUCCUCUGCUGCCUCCUCUCCAGACUCCUCCACUCCUUCCUCCUCUUCCUCCUCCUCUUCCUCCCCCUGUGGGACCUGUGCUCGUCCGAAGCCCCCCCCUCCCUCUCAGCACAAGCGCUCGGUGUCGAUGACGUUGCUGCCGCUGUACAACCGCCAGGUGGACGACUCGUGCAUCGUGAGGGUCAGCGUGGAGCUGGGUCAGAGCAACGGGAACAUGUACAAGAGCAUCCUGUUGACGAGCCAGGAUAAAACAGCGCACGUGAUCCAGAGAGCGUUGGAGAAACAUCACCUGGAGCUCAUGGACUGGCAGGACUUCACGCUGACGCAGCUCAUCUCCUCGGAGAGAGAGUUGCUCAUACCGGACAAAGCCAACGUCUUCUACGCCAUGUCCACAACGGCAAACUUUGACUUUGUUUUACGCCAAUACCCAAAAGGCCAGAAGAAACCUCUGAGGGCCACGUGUAGCCUCGGACGAAACACAAAGUGAAAUACUAACCCUGCACCUGAUGGGACUCUCGUUGAAAAUUAUAUUAAUUUUUAAUAAUUAUUUUAUAAGAAAAGUAGGCUCUCUAAGAUGGUCUGUCCUUUUUUUUUUUUUCUUGGAUACCAAAGAGGUUUUUAUGUGGAAUGAAGAUAAUGCAGAAGCACUUUAUGAAGGAGAACAGAGACAAAAAUGAUCUGGAUCGGACAUCUUUUAUUUCCUUGUGGAAUAAACUUGGAUCCUUAAAAAAAA